AUGUGUUUCAGUAAGAAGCGUGAUGACUCAAUCAUAGGCCUCCGAGUAGGAGUGGGCAAGAAGGGAUGUGAGAACAUGAGCUAUACCAUGAACUACGCCAGAGAUAUCGGCAAGCUCGAUGAGGUAGUCGAGACUGAAGGAGUUAAGGUCGUAGUGGAUCCCAAUGCCCUCAUGUAUCUCAUCGGUACAGAGAUGGACUACGUCGACAACGACUUGGCCUCAGAAUUUGUGUUCACUAAUCCCAACCAGAAGUCGUCCUGUGGGUGCGGUAAAAGCUUUAGUGUUUAG